CCUACUCAUUCCUUCAGGUUUACUCCGCUUCAAUAUUGGAUUCGCAAAAGGCCAAAGGACGAUCAGCUGAUGGGCCCAAGAUGACGGAUGCUCAGGACUCGGUGAUCAUUGUCGGCGCCGGCCUCGCCGGGCUGGUCGCUGCCUACGAGCUCACGCGCAAGAAAAUCCCCGUGACCAUCGUCGACCAAGAACCCGAGGGUAGUCUAGGCGGCCAGGCGUUCUGGAGUCUGGGCGGGAUCUUCUGCGUCAACUCGGCGAACCAGCGGGCCAAGGGAAUCAAAGAUUUCCGCGAACUGGCGAUGGCGGAUUGGAUGGGCACGGCGAAAUUUGACCGCGAGAAGGAGGACUAUUGGCCGAGACAAUGGGCCAAGGCGUUUGUGGACUUUGCGACGGACGACAUGGAACGAUAUCUCAAGGAUUUGGGCGUCAAGUUUCUUAUGGUUGGGUGGGCGGAAAGGGGUGCGGGUGAGGCAACCGGACUUGGGAACAGUGUGCCCAGGUUUCAUUUGACCUGGGGCACGGGGCCGCAAGUCGUAAGGGCAUUCAGUGGUCCGGUACGGCAAGCGGAGAAGAAGGGGUUGGUCAAGUUUUUGUUCCGGCGGAAAGUUGAUGGGCUUGUGCUUGAUGAGGAGGGCCGGGCGGUCGGGGUCAGGGGGAAGGUGCUUGAAGGUGUCAAUGGGAAGAAGUGGGUGAGAGGGAAAGAGACGAGUAGGAGUGUGGUCGGGGAGUUUGAGGUCAGAGGGCGCGCGGUGGUGAUAGCUACGGGCGGGAUCGGUGGGAAUGUUGACAAGGUGAAAGAGAAUUGGCCGGUCGAUAGAUUGGGGCCGGAGGUGCCGCGCAGCUUUGUCAUCGGGGUACCUGCGCAUGUGGAUGGAGAGAUGAUCGGGGUUGCGAAGGCCAGUGGUGCGAAUGUGGUCAAUAUGGAUCGCAUGUGGCACUACACGGAGGGCUUGCAGAAUUGGAACUCCAUCUGGCCGCGACAUGGGAUUCGAGUGAUACCCGGCCCGAGUUCAAUGUGGUUGGACGCGAGCGGGAAGAGGUUCCCGCCGUUCCUUUACCCGGGGUGCGAUACGCUGGCGACGUUGAAACAUAUUGUGGCAACCGGAUUCGAUUACUCCUGGUUCGUCUGUAACCGGAGGAUUGUGAGCAGGGAGUUUGCGCUGAGUGGGAGUGAGCAGAACUACGACCUCACAGAGAAGAGUUUGGUUAGGUUAUUGGAAAGAUACUUCAGCAGUUAUGGGACGAGGGAGGUGCAGGCUUUCUUGAAGCAUGGGGAGGACUUUGUCGUGGAGAAGGAUCUGGGAAAAUUGGUCGAGGGGAUGAAUAGGCUGGCGAAGGAGAGGGGUGGGCCGAAGCUGGAAGAGAAAGAUGUGAGGAAGGAGAUUGAGGCGAGAGAUAUGCAGGUCGCACACGACUUUGGGAAAGAUGCGCAGAUUAUGUUGAUCAGGAAUGCGAGGAGUUAUGGGCCGGAUGGGAGGAGGAUUGCAAAACCGCACAGGCUUUUGGAUCCGAGUGCCGGUCCGUUGGUGGCAGUGAGGAUGAAUCUGCUGACGAGGAAGAGUCUCGGUGGGCUGGAGACGAACCUCGACGGGAAUGUCAUGAUGCCUGAUGGACGGCCGUUCAUGGGUCUAUAUGCUGCUGGUGAAUGUUGCGGGUUUGGUGGAGGCGGAGUGCAUGGGUACAGUUCGCUGGAGGGGACAUUCCUAGGAGGGUGUGUUUUCACAGGACUGACGGUGGGAAGAGCGCUGGUCAAGGACAUACUGCCAGCGAGUGUCGAGUCGAGAUUGUAAUAUACAGAGUCUUGUACUGCUACAAC